UGUUGCCAAAAAAAAAAAUUAAGCUUUCACUUGUCGCAAUCGUUUGGUAGCACGAAGUCUUUCAGAUUGAUUUAUUGAUUGUUGGCGGGUUCGACGAAAGCGUCGAGCUUUCUCAGAAAUCUCAGAAAUGGCAGCUCUUUUAGGCAGAUUAUGCCGGAAAUUGGUUUUUCCGGGCACAACUCACGGAGCUAAAAGGUUAUCGACGUCGGCGUGUGAAUCAGACACCGUGAAAUCGUUGAAUCUGUACUCUGCUAUUAAUCAAGCUCUUCACAUCGCCUUGGAAACCGAUCCUCGCUCUUAUGUCUUUGGGGAAGAUGUUGGCUUUGGUGGAGUCUUUCGCUGCACAACAGGCUUAGCUGAACGGUUUGGGAAAAACCGUGUCUUCAAUACUCCUCUUUGUGAGCAAGGCAUUGUUGGAUUUGGUAUUGGUCUAGCAGCAAUGGGAAAUCGAGCAAUUGUGGAAAUUCAGUUUGCAGAUUAUAUUUAUCCUGCUUUUGAUCAGAUUGUUAAUGAAGCCGCAAAGUUUAGAUACCGAAGUGGUAACCAAUUCAACUGUGGAGGACUUACGAUAAGAGCACCGUAUGGAGCAGUUGGUCAUGGUGGCCACUACCAUUCACAAUCCCCUGAAGCUUUCUUCUGCCAUGUCCCUGGUAUUAAGGUUGUUAUCCCUCGUAGUCCACGAGAAGCAAAGGGACUGUUAUUGUCAUGUAUCCGAGAUCCAAAUCCCGUUGUCUUCUUCGAACCAAAGUGGCUUUAUCGCCAAGCAGUAGAAGAAGUUCCAGAGCAUGACUAUAUGAUACCUUUAUCAGAAGCUGAGGUCAUUAAAGAAGGCAAUGACAUAACACUUGUUGGAUGGGGAGCUCAGCUUACCAUUAUGGAACAAGCUUGUCUGGAUGCAGAAAAGGAAGGAAUAUCAUGUGAACUGAUAGAUCUCAAGACUCUACUGCCUUGGGACAAAGAAACCGUCGAGGCCUCGGUUAAAAAGACUGGCAGACUUCUUAUAAGCCAUGAAGCUCCUGUAACAGGAGGUUUUGGAGCAGAGAUCUCUGCGACAAUCCUUGAACGUUGCUUCUUGAAGUUGGAAGCUCCAGUUAGCAGAGUUUGUGGUCUUGACACUCCUUUUCCUCUUGUGUUUGAGCCAUUCUACAUGCCCACCAAGAACAAGAUAUUGGACGCAAUCAAAUCGACUGUCAACUACUAGCGACCGUCCGAUCUGUUUCUUCAGAAAACUUUAGUUUGUUGUUUUACAUUAUGCAUUACAAUAUGGAGCUAUUUUAUGCGGUCUAAGUGUUUAUAUUAGCCGCUUAGAUUCGGUUAAUAACAACAUAUUUUAAAUCUUAACUCGUAAAACAUC